CGCUGACAUCAGCCGGGCCCCCCCGCCCCCGCCCCAGCCCCGCGGAUGCUCCGGAGCCGCCGCCGCAGCCGAGCCCAGCGGGACCGGGGGGCACCGCGGGGCCGGGGGGGGCCGCGGGCAGCGCCCAGCACGGAGAAUCCCUGAAAUCCGCCGGGGGGGGCGGAGCGGAGAAGGAGAACGGGAUGCCGGAGGGAGCGGAGGCAGCCCCCCCGCCGAUGCCGGCCAAGGAUGAGGCUCGUCCCCCGCCCGAGGGGGCGAGCUGUGAGCCCGGCCCCGCCGCCGCCGCCCCCCCCGGUUCCCCGUGCCGGCCGCCCCCGGCCGCGGAGCCGCUGGACACCCGCAUCGUGAUGGGGGAGGAGACGCGCUGCCCGCCCCCCGAGCCGCGGGGGGGACCCCCGGUGCCUUGUCCCUUCCCCGCGCCCCCCAAGGAGCCGCCCCCGGGCCGCCCCCCCGCGCUCGACCCCGAGCUCUUCUUCACCGCCCCCUCCACGCCGGUGCGGGCGGGGGGGGCGCGGCCGCCCCCCGAGGACCCGACGGACGGGGACAGCGAGGGGCUGUGCUCGCCCCCCACGUCCCCCUCGGGCUCCUACAUGACGGCGGAGGGCGGCAGCUGGGGCUCCUCGGGCACCGCCAGCACCUCCCCGUCCUGCUCCCCCAACCUGCCCGCCGAGGCCGAGGCUCUGGGCGAGGCUGAGGCCGAAGGUCUGGGGGGGCCCCUGGCGCUGCCCCCCGGGCUGGGGGAGCCGCCGGCAUUCCCGCCGCUGUCCCCCGAGGAGGAGGAGGAGGAGGAUGAGGACGGUGCCUUCGCCCCGCCGGGCUGCGCGGAUGAUGAGGAGGAUGAGGAUGAUGAGGACGGGCAGACGCCAGAGGAGGAGGAUGAGGAUGAAGGCUCGGGGCUGAUCCCGGCGGCGCUGCUCCCGUUCCGCGGCAGCCUCCUCUUCCAGGCCGAGGCCGUGGAGAUCUCGCCCCGGGCCCCCGCCGAGGAGGAGGAGGAGGAGGAGGAAGGCAGCACCUCGGCGUCCUUCCUGCGCUCGCUGUCCGAGAGCUCCAUCCCCGAGGGGGGGGACGAGGCCUUCGCCUUCCGCGACGACACCGACGCCUCCUCGGACUCGGCCGCCUACGACGGGGACGAGGACGAGCGGCUGUACGGCACCGAGCGGCACGCGGGGGACACGGGGACCCCCCCGGGGACACCCCCGGGGACCCCCCCGGCGCCCCCCGGCCCUGCGGGUGUGGAGCUCCACCUCCGGGCCGGGUCCCCGUGUCACCCCGCCGGUCACCACGGGGCUCCCGGCUCCCCGGGGACACCCCCGGCCCCCCCUGCAGGGGACGCGGAGCUGGAUGGGGACGCCUUUGUCACCACCGCGGGGACGUGGCCACCGCCGGAGCCCCCCGAGGAGGCGGCAGCGACAGAAAGUUCUGGAGCGGCGCUGGGACAGGGACCUUGCCCAGAACUGGCAGCGACCGGCCCUGUCCCCCGGCCCCCCGCGCUCUGUGCCGGGGACCCCCAGAGCCACCAGCUGGGGGGGGCCAGUGGGGACCCCCAGAACGGCCCCGGGGGUGACAGCGAUGGGGACAAUGACCUUGAGCUCAGCACCGGGACAGCGGCGAGCGCCGAUGGCCACGGAGAGCUGGACCCUGCAGCCACCGACCUGGGGACAUCGGUGACACCGACCCCCCUGGAUGGGAUGGACACUGUGGCCAGCGAUGGGGUGACACCGGUGACACCCAGCCUGAUGGAGCCCGUGGACACUGACCUGGUGACACCAGUGAUACCAACGCCACCGGACGAGAUGGACACUGUGGCCACCAGCCCGGGGACAGCCAGCCCGGGGACAGCCAGCCCUCCUGCUGAGCCGGACACUGCGGCCACCAGCCUGGGGACAGCCAGCCCGGGGACAGCCAGCCUGGGGACAGCCAGCCCUCCUGCUGAGCCGGACACUGUGGCCACCAGCCUGGGGACAGCAGGGACACCAACCCCUCCGGAUGGGCCGGACACUGCAGAUGCCGAUCUGGUGACACCCAGCGUGAUGGACAGCGCAGCCACCAGCCUGGUGGCACUGGUGACACCCAGCCCUUCAGAUGCUGCAGCCACUGAGGUGGUGACACCGGUGACACCCAGCCUGUCAGAAGAGCAGGACACCGUGGCCACCAGCCUGGUGACACCAACCCCACUGGUGACACCCAGCCCACCAGAUGAGCAGGACACCGUGGCCACCAGCCUGGUGACACCAGUGACACCGAGCUCCCCAGAUGAGCAGGACACCAUGGCCACCAGCCUGGUGACACCCAGCCCCCCAGAUGAGCUGGCUGUGACAGCCACUGACCUGGUGACACCCAGCCUGAUGGCCAAGAUGGAAGCUGUGGACGCUGUCCUGGUGACACCGGUGACGUCCACCCUGAAGGAAGCUGCGGCCGUUGACUUGGUGACAUCAGUGAUGCCCACCCUGAUGGCCACCAUGGCCACCAGCCCGGUGCCAUCAGUGACACCGCCCCCCCCGGAUGAGAGGACCCCUGUGGCCACGGACACGGUGACAUCGGUGACCCCUGCCCCGCUGGACACCACGGCCGCUGCCCCAGUGACCCCGAGCGUGCCGGACCCCACGGACCCCGAAGCGGUGACAUCGGUGACACCACCCCCGCGGGAUGAGACCGCCACCGUGACCACUGACGCGGCGACCCCCGGCCCGAUGGACACCGUGGCCACCCCCCCGGUGACCCCCGGCCCCCCGGCCGCUGUCCCAGCCCCGUGUCCCCCUCCCCGGGCCGUGUCCCCCGUGGCGCUGGUGGCCUCACCCCGCGAGUCCCCGGCUGUCCCGCCGUGUCCCCUGCCGCAGCCCCCUGGGGACAUCCCUGAGCGCGGGGGGGACGCGGCCACCGCCCCGCCCGAGGCUUUGUCCCCGGAGCCGCCGGUGGCCGCCCCCGAGGGCAGCGCCGGAGAGCCCGAGGAGGAGGAAGGAGAGGAUGAAGAGGAGGAGGAUGAGGAUGCGGCCCCCGCGCCCCCCUCGCCGCGCUUCACGGCCUCGGAGCGGGAGGUGUUUGUGGGGACCCCCCCGGCCCCCCCCCGAGCUGCUCCCACCACCCGGUGCCUUUUCGGGGCCGGGCGCCGCCGCCCCGCUCCGGGGGGCUCCGGGGGACCCUCCCCCCGCCCUGCGGGAGCCCCCCGCCCCCCGGCCGGGCCCCGAGCCCCCCGGCCACGCUGCGGCGGCCAAGUGCCUCCUCCCAGCCCCCCCCGGCGCCCCCCCAGCCAGGAGCCCCCCCCGGGGCUGCCCCUCUCCAGGAAGCACCUGGAAGCCCCCCAGCCCUGCCCGCAGAAGGAGCCGGAGCCGCGGGGCCGGGCGGGGGCUCCGGGGGCUGGGGGCGGCCGCGCCCCCCCCCGGGGGUCUCUGCAGUCGGAGUCGAGCUCGUCCAGCGAGGCUGAGACCCCCCAGCCUCCCCCGGCCCCCCAGCGCUGCCAGCCCAACCACCGAGGGUCCGGGAACGAGUCCGAGAGCAACGACGAGUCCAUCCCGGAGCUGGAGGAGCCCGAGGGCUCAGAGCUGCCCCCCGCCCAGCCCCAGGUGCCCCACGGCCUGGGCCCCGGAGAGGAACCGCUCAGCAAAGCCAAGCAGAGCCGCAGCGAGAAGAAGGCCCGGAAGGCCAUGUCCAAGCUGGGGCUGCGGCAGAUCCACGGCGUCACCCGCAUCACCAUCCGCAAAUCCAAGAACAUCCUCUUCGUCAUCUCCAAACCCGACGUCUUCAAGAGCCCCGCCUCCGACAUCUACAUCGUCUUCGGGGAGGCCAAGAUCGAGGACCUGUCCCAGCAAGUGCACAAAGCGGCGGCCGAGAAGUUCAAGGUGCCCCUGGAGCACUCGGCGCUGGUGAGCGACGCCGCGCCCGCCCUGGCCAUCAAGGAGGAGAGCGAGGAGGAGGAGGAGGUGGACGAGACGGGGCUGGAGGUGAGGGACAUCGAGCUGGUCAUGGCCCAGGCCAACGUGUCCCGUCCCAAAGCCGUGCGCGCCCUGCGGCACAACAACAACGACAUCGUCAACGCCAUCAUGGAACUGACCAUGUAGCGGCCAGGGGAGCCCUGGCCCCCUGUAUAGAUGCACAGAGCCCCCCCAGAUCCUCCCUCCUGCCCCCCAAAUCCUCCUCCUGGCCCCCUGGACUGCUCAAUAAAGGCCUCCUGCACCCCUUG